CGUGUUGUUGUUGGUGUUGAGAGGGUGUUUCAUUGUAAGCCUGGUCGUGGCGAUGGCGCUCUGCUGCGUGCUCGUCGCAGCCUCGCCGCCCCUGUUGCGCGCUUCCUGGAGCAGCUUAAGGCCUACCGCGUUGCGUCCCGCCCUGCCGAGUGCGGCAUGGUGUCGCAGUGCAGGAAGGUGCCCUGGUUCGAGAGUUGGCAAGGGGCACAAGGGGAUAAGGCACGGGGUGGUGGUGAGCUUCUUACCCGUGGAUCCUUGGGCGCCGAACACCGACCAGCAGAGCAUUGCGUCGUCGCUUUUCGCUGCGUCAUUGUUUCCUUACUUAGGCUUCUUGUAUCAUAUCACCAAGUCGAAGACUGCGCCUAAGCUUACGCUUUUUGGCUUCUACUUCCUGCUGGCCUUCGUCGGAGCUACAAUUCCCGCGGGCAUAUAUGGUAACCUUCAACCGAGAAUGCGCAAUCUAAUGUCGAAAUUCCUUGUGCAACAGCCAAGGUGCACUAUGGAACGUCUCUGUCCAACGUGGAUUGGCUGCACGGAGGUGCUGAGUCCUUGUUGACACUGACAAACCUCUUCAUCGUGUUCGGACUACGAAAUGCCUUGCAAAACCCUUCGAAACUUGAAGAAGACAGUAAUGCUGUUAGUCAAGAAGAAGAUGGCGUUCCCCUAUCAAAAUAAUUCUUAUUUAUUUGUACUCUUUCUGUACUACAGAGGUCGCCAAACUGAAACAAAUUUACUAUUCAUGUUGAUACUAGAGUUUUGAUCUGGACUUGGACUCAGUGUAGACUUGUAGUUCGUUGUGCAUGAGCUUGUGGUUAUUUGAGGUACACCGAAACUCCCUUUUGGAGCUCUCUUCGAAAAUUCAGUGGUCAUCAUUCGCACUUUUCUCUAUUCAGGUUUCACCUCAACAAGAUGGUCGAUUCUAGAUUCUGUACUUGUCAGGUUUGAAACCUGUGGGGUUGUUGGUUCACCAGCACCGAUCCCCCGGGUAGAUCUCCACACCACACCCCACACGUUUGAAAGCAGUGCAGACAUCGCUAAGCCAGUUGAUCAUAUUUGGUUUCAACUAUGAUCAAAUUAAUACGUAAAGAAGCUCCGAGUGAGACACACUUUUCUUA